AACUCGAAAUGUCACAAGCACGUUGAGAGCUGGUGUUGUUUGUAAAUAUAUCGCCCAUUGUUAACGCCGGCACAAUGAAGGAACGAAUUUUAACAAAUAAUGAAAAAUCUUUCGUACAAAAGGCUAUUCUCGAAUCGAUCCGCAUCGAUGGUCGAACACUGGAUGAAUUCCGCAAGCUGCGGAUAUGCUUCGGCAGCGAAUGGGGUCUGGUGCAUGUGAUCCUGGGAGAAACCCGUGCACUGGCACGGGUCACUUGUGAGGUGGUGGAACCAAAAGCAACCCGUCCUAACGAGGGUAUGCUGUUCGUAAACGUCGAGCUGGGACCAAUGGCAGCGCCACACUUUGACGGAGGCCGUCAGUCAGACGAAUGCGUACAAUUGAAUCGCAUUUUGGAGCGUGCAUUGAAAGAUUCGGGUUGCGUCGACCUGGAAUCGCUAUGUUUGGUGUCUGAGGAAAAGGUUUGGACGCUGCGUGUAGACGUGACCGUGCUGAAUCACGAAGGCAACACGAUAGAUUGCUGUUCGAUAGCUGCCCUGACAGCACUGGCACACUUCAAGCGACCGGACAUCACGGUCGACGGUGAGAACGUGAUCGUACACACCAUGGAGGAGAAGGAUCCAAUCAAGGUGACGCUUUUCCAUUAUCCGAUAUGCGUGAGCUACGGUAUUUUCAACCAGGGCAAAAUAGCCGUCGCAGAUCCCACCUACCUGGAGGAGCGUGUCGGUGAAGCGAAAAUGGUUUUCGGCAUCAACUCGUACGGCGAACUUUGUGGGUUGCAUCUCGGUGGCUCAACGCUCACGAGUUCCAAUCUACUGUUGCGUACAUCGGCGAAGGCAAGCAAACGGGCCCGGUUGGUGGUAGAAAAGAUCAAAGCCGCCAUCCAGAAGGAUAGCGACGAUCGUGAAAAGGGUUUGCCGGUCGGAUUUGCCGAAGGAAUCGAGCGUAACGAGACGACGGUACACGCCCAGGACAGAAUACAGGUACGUUUGAAGCGGUUCAAGCUGAAAGUUGCCGGACAAGAACGAACGGAUUCUGAUUAUGAGGAGGAACUGGACGACGCAAUGGAAACAGUCGGUGAAGCUUCCACUGAGGCAAACAAUGAACCGGAUGAACCGAUGGCUGUAGAUGAAGUUGUAAAGAUCGGUGAAAGUGCGGCCGUACUGAUACCGAACACUAAAGUUAUUAGCAACCAAUGGAUAACGGAAGAGGAACUGAUGGAGGUAAAGGAGAAGUCGGGCAAAAAGCGAUCCAAAGCUGGUUUGAAGCGCAAGAAGAAAACUUUACUUUCCCGCCCAAUGCAAGGCGAGGCUGUAGAGGUCGAUAGUAGCGAGGAGGAAACGGUAACGCUAACUUCAGCAGAUAUGUGAAUAAAUUGCUUAUUUCUUUUUCUUCCGCGAA